AAGCUAUUUACAGAUAUUCCUUAAUUUCAUCACUAUGUAAUUCUGUCAAUCAGAUUAAUUGUUGAUAAUUUACUCCUUUUAUAGUGAACCUUAUUUAUGUUGACAAUCAUUCCAUUGAUUAUAAAAAUGUGCCAUUAAACUUUGACAUCAUUGAUUAGUAUUUUUUUUCGCUGUGAUGAAAUUAGAGUAACCUUUUUGUUUGUUGAUUAAAAAUUGAAUUGAUUUUAAAACAAUCAAAAUGAAUUGUGAUCUUUUAAGUACAUUAACUGGUCAUAAAGAUCGUGUUUGGUCAGUUAAAUGGAGACAUUGUGGCAAAAUUUUAGCCUCCUGUUCAUCAGACAAAGACAUUAGACUUUGGAAACAAUUACAAAAUAAAGAUGAUUGGGCUUGUGAAUUUGUUCUAUCUGAGGGACAUCAGCGAACAAUUAGAAACAUUGAUUGGUCCGCUGAUGGUGAUUACUUAGCUGCGUGUAGUUUUGAUGCUACGACGAGUAUUUGGGAAAACAAAUCAGGUAAAUGGGAGUGUUCAACUAACCUCGAGGGUCAUGAGAACGAAAUAAAAUGUGUGAGUUGGUCACCUUCGGGCAAACUAUUGGCUACUUGUGGCCGUGAUAAGACUGUUUGGAUUUGGGAGAAGACUGAAGAAAGUGAAUUUGAAUGUGUAAGUGUAAUCACCGGUCACAGUCAAGAUGUUAAAAGAGUCAAAUGGCAUCCGAAGGAGCCUUUCAUGGUCUCUUGCAGCUAUGAUAACACCAUUCGAUUCAUCAAGGAAACAAAUGAUGAUUGGUCGUAUUACCUUACACUAGAUUCACAUGAAUCUACGGUGUGGGCAGUUGAUUUCAAUAAAUCGGGUGAUCGAUUAGUUUCAUGUUCAGAUGAUAAAACAGUGCGAAUUUGGAAAGCCCAAGAUGAUAGAUGGACAUGUAUAUCAACUUUAUCGGGUUAUCACAAUCGACCAAUUUAUGAUGUUUCCUGGUCAUUAAAUGAUAAUUUGAUCGCAAGUUCUGCUGGAGACAAUUCGAUAGUUAUUUACCGAGAAACUCAGCCAGACUUUUUCGAAGUUGUUACAAGGAAAGAAAAAACUCAUACAUGUGACGUUAAUUCAAUUUCUUGGAAUCCUGUUGAGUCCAAUCUCCUUGCUUCCUGUGGUGACGAUGGAAUAGUCAAAAUAUGGAACAUUAAGUAAUCAAGUUAAUCACAUUUAUGCUCCACCAUCAUAAACCUUCAUCUAAUUUCCUUGUAAUAAUCCAAAUCAAGACCAUAAAUUGUUUCUGUAAAAGCCAUUGCCAUUUUUUGCAAACUCUAUAUGAUCAACUAAUCACUUUGUGUCAAUAACUGUCCAAACAACGUUUCAAAUAAAAUCAAUUAAAUUGCCAUAGAA